AUGAAUACAACAGCGAGGCUAGUUUUGCAGGCAGGACGUGUAUCCUCUCAUCUCGGACGCAUAAAGAUAUGCCAGCGUGCUGCUACAAGAACACUGUCUACGAGUGUGGUCAACACUACCAUUGGCCUCACAGACGACCAGGCUGAAUACUACAACACCGCAAAGACAUUCGCCGACAAGGAGCUCGCUCCAAACAUGCUCGAAUGGGAUUUACACGAAACCUUCCCCGUCGAUGCACUACGAAAAGCUGCUGGUUUGGGAUUUGGUGCCAUGUAUGUACGUGAAGAUGUGGGAGGCACCAACUUGUCACGCUUGGAUGCUUCGCUCAUUAUAGAGGCUAUGAGUACGGGAUGUGUUUCGACCACUGCCUUCCUGUCUAUACACAACAUGGCAGCAGCAAUGAUUGACACCUACGGCUCUGAAGAGCUCCGUCAAAAACACAUUCCAUCCCUCUCAACAAUGUCCAAAUUCGCUUCAUACUGUCUUACCGAGCCAGGAGCAGGGUCAGACGCAGCCUCAUUAUCAACUACCGCAAAAAAAGAUGGCGACCACUACAUCCUGAAUGGAUCAAAGGCAUUCAUUUCAGGUGGUGGUGACAGUGAUAUUUAUCUUGUCAUGUGCAGAACUGGUGGUGCUGGUGCGAAGGGUAUAUCGUGUGUGCUUGUGGAAAAGGGUACUCCUGGACUUGGGUUUGGGAAGAAGGAGAAGAAGGUUGGAUGGAAUUCGCAGCCUACCAGAGCUGUGAUAUUCGAAGACUGUCGUGUUCCAAUAUCGAAUCGACUGGGAGCUGAAGGUCAAGGAUUCUCAAUAGCCAUGAAGGGAUUAAAUGGUGGUAGAAUUAACAUCGCAUCAGCAAGUCUCGGAGGCGCACAAUCAGCAUUCGAAGAAGCACUCGCUCACACCCAAGUCCGCAAACAAUUCGGCAAACCACUCUCAGCAAACCAAGACGUGCAAUUCAAACUGGCAAACAUGGCAAUCGCAUUAAACGCCUCACGAAUGUAUAUCCGUCAAGCUGCUGCCAUGUUGGAUGAAAAUCAUCCUUCUGCACCUUCAUGGUGUGCCAUGGCCAAAGUGUACGCUACUGAAGAGUGCAGUAAGGUUGCGGAUGUUGCGUUGCAGCUGCAUGGAGGGUAUGGGUAUUUGAAGGAUUACAAGGUCCAGCAAUACGUACGUGAUUUACGUGUGCAUCAGAUAUUAGAGGGUACUAGUGAAGUGAUGCGUAUGAUUACUUCAAGGGCUCUCCUUGAGCAAUGA